UACUUAUAAAAAUGGGUUUAAACAAACACGGCCAACGCAUAAAACGGUUUUAGCUAUGAGCAUGGACAUUUGUUAUAUUAAAUUUCAGGUAAAAAAGUACGGUCCAGUGGCUCAAAUAUUUGAAUUGUUUUGCUCGGUAUUUAACGCAAAAAUGAGCAAUUUCCUAUCGAAGCUAUCGGUAUCAAUGUAAUAAUGAAACUAUCAAUGAAAUAAUGAAACGCAGUUAUCGUAUACUAUCCAUCUCUAAGAAAAUAUAAUCAUGGGUAAAACAUCAAAAGACAAGCGGGAUAUUUAUUACCGUCAAGCGAAGGAAGAAGGCUGGCGAGCACGAAGUGCUUUUAAACUGUUGCAAAUUCAUGAAGCCUAUGGAAUACUAAACGGUGUGCGUCGAGCUGUCGACUUGUGUGCAGCUCCUGGAAGCUGGUCCCAGGUACUGUCUCGCAAGCUGUACGAUCCGUGCCAAAACGAUGCUGAAAAGUCCGCAACCAAAAUCAUUGCGGUGGACUUACAGGCCAUGGCACCGAUCCGAGGAGUUGUCCAAUUGCAGGGGGACAUCACCAAGGAAAGCACAGCCGAAGCUAUAAUAAGUCAUUUCGGUGCUGACGGAGAAGAGAAGGCCCAGCUCGUCGUUUGUGACGGCGCCCCGGACGUAACAGGUGUGCAUGAAAUGGACGAGUACAUGCAACACCAGCUUCUGGUAUCUGCACUAAGUAUAGCCACCGUCGUACUUGAAACCGGGGGAGCGUUCGUUGCUAAAAUAUUUAAAGGCAACGCCACCGGUCUGCUUAGCACACAGAUGAAAAUAUUUUUUAAUAAGUUUGAUAUCUACAAGCCUCCAAGUUCGCGUUCAUCGAGCAUUGAAGCGUUUGUGGUGUGCUCCGAUUUCUGUUUGCCCCCCGGCUAUAUUCCACAAGUCAUUAACACGGCACGAGAUGAUAUACGCGUCCUUGCACAAAGAACAGGUUCCGAUGUAAACCGCCACCUGGUGCCGUUUAUCGCUUGUGGUGACUUGGAUGGCCAUACAGACUUUAAUGACCGCUCUGAGGACGAGUCGAUUGCCUCAGAAAUGCAGGACGAUUUUAAUUAUGACUAUGACGGUGUUAUAAGCGACGAAUUUUACCCACAAGAAUUUAAGGAACUAUAAUAUGAAUAACUUAAAACGACCUUCAAUAAAUGAUAUGUUUCGGAA